CUAGUUUAGGACUUGCUCCGUUGGGAAUUCAGUUGGAAAAAAUCACAGCCUCUCUACCGAUGGAGUUCAGGGACCGAGACUAUAGAGCCGAAGAAGAAGCACAGGCGCUCCCUCGUUCACGCGCAGAUUGUCACCCUCUCUCGUACCAAUCUCCAUCUCCGUCGCAUCGGCACCAGGUUGAUAAAUUGGAUUCUGAAGAUAAGAAUUUCUUUGAUCCAUUGAGAGGGCCAGAUGCUAAUGUGACAGUUUCUGUUGAUGAUGUACAAGAUUUUGAUAAUGCUUCAAAAGUGGGAGUCUCUAGUGGAGCAGCUAGUCAAGUUCCAUCAAAGGAGUGGAACUCUUUUAAGAGGUUCUUGAUGCAGAGGUUUCCUUUCUCCAAAAUGGUUUCCAUUUUUUCAAUGUCUGAUGCACUUGUGAAAAGUGGCAAAGCGUAUGAGAAAUCUUCAGCAAGCAUGCAUUUAGAUGAGCUGAAUGAUAUGGAAAAGUCUUCUGAAGAAGAUGACAAGGUCAUUACUCGGCAAGAGUAUAUCUCCCGAUUACAUGAGCUCAAAGAUGAAAUAAACCGUGCUUGGGCUGCUGAAGAUCGUGUUACAUCUCUGAAGUUAUCAAUUAAGGUUGCUAGGCUUUUGAUGGACACAUCCGUCUUAGAAUUUUAUCCUACAAUAUUUGUUCUUGUUACGGAGGUAAUGGACAUGCUUGGUGACUUGGUAUGGGAACGCAUUAAGCAGAAAGCUGAAUUCACUGAAGAUGAAACCAGAGUUUGCACCUUAUCAGAGAAUUUUGGAGCCAGUGAUAUUUGCUUUGAUGCCAAGGAAACCUGCAACAACUGGUUUUGCAAAGUGGGUUCUGUCCGCGAGCUCCUUCCACGCAUUUAUUUGGAGCUGGCAAUAUUGCCUUGCUGGCGUUUUCUGCAUGACCGACCUGAAGAAUGUCUACAGCGUGUGGUUAUGAUGACAAGAGGGUUAGCAGAUCCAUUGGCUUCUUCGUAUUGUCGUUUGUAUAUGGUCCACUGUGCUCGGAAGUUGCCUGCAUGUGAUACAGGAUAUUUGAUUACAUGCAUUAAUGACAUCAAGGUUCUAUUGAUGCGGACGAUAUCAACAACAGAAUCCCCAUAUGCCUAUCUUACAGAUAAUAAGAAGUUGCUUGUCAGUUUAAUGGAGCCAACUAUUGAGUAUCUUAUUAAAUGCAUACUUAAUGAUGCAUCUCAGAGGCAAUUAGGUAAAAUACUAGUUGAGCUUGGGAUUGGAAAGACACAGUUGGAGUUGUCUGGGAGUUCACCAUGUAUCUCAAUCAUUCUUCAUCAUCUGCUGAAAGAGCUCCCAACUGAAGUAGUUGUCUCUAAUUCUAUGGAGAUAUUUGAUGUCAUUAGGUAUACCAAUGAUCAUUCUUUUGAUCAGUGUUUGAAUUACAGGUUACUUGGAUUUAAGCUAUCUGAGAGCAGAUCUCAAAUGGAAAUUGUCAAUGCAGUGGUGGAUAAAGUUAUUCAGGUUGUUACUGAAUAUGAUAGACUUGAAGAUUACCUGACGGUUCUGGAUGCUUAUAUGGAUACAAUUCUUCAAAAUCAGAUGUUUCAGGAUGAUUAUUUGAACAGCAUGUUAGAAGGUAUUGUAGACCGAGCAUGUAAAAAGAAAAUUGUGGAAGAUGAAUUGGCAUCCUUGCAAUCCAUCAUGGUGAAGCUUAUUUCUUAUUUCAGGGAGUUGGGUGAUUUAUUUUCACUGAACCAUUUUUUGGAGAUCUUAGAUGUGAUGUAUGGAGGUUCACGGAAUGUUGUUAAUAUGCACAUUCUUAGCAUGGCAAUGAGGAAUGGUUAUGUAUGUGAUCAAACAAUUGUAAAAUUGCUUUUUGAAGUUUCGCGAUCUUUACAUGAUGGUAUGGAUCUUGCAAAUAUGAAGGAUGAUGAGAGCCAACUGCCAUCACGCUUGAUUAUUCGUUUCAUUCAGUUGGUUGACUACGGGGAAGAGAUGGAACAGCAUCUAAAUUUUUUAGUUGAAUGUCGUGGCAUUUUUGGUAACUUAAGCGAUCUCAAGGAAACUCUUGUUCACUCAAGUAAUGCAUUAGUGACUAAAGCUCUGAAAGGUGGGAAAAAUCGUCUCAGUUUUGUCAAAUCUUGUGUAGCAUUUAGUGAGGUGACGGUUCCUUCUAUCUCUGCUCACAUCAGACAGUUAAAUCUUUAUCUUGAGACUGCUGAGGUUGCCUUGUUAGGGGGUUUAGUUUCCCAUGCAGAUGGGUUGAUAGCUUCGGCAAUGAGCUGUUUACAAAGUUUGCAGUUGGAAGAUGGUUCCCAAAUACAUAUGGAAAUUGAUGGAAUACUCUCCUCCAUUCGAAAAUUAUGCAGCCUUUUGGUUGUGGUUCCAGGUAUUCCUGAUCAGGGAGCUACAAACAUUCUGAAGGGCGUGCUGUCCAUUAUUCAUUCGCUUUCAUGGAUGACACCAAGAAUGAAGACGAGAAUACACUGCUCAUUAGUUUUAUUAUCAGCGGCACUUUCUCAGAAUAAGCUCCCAUACCAUUUGCACCACAGUGAGGUUCUGGGCAAUGACAUGCUAUUCUUUGGUGAUACCUCUUACGCAAGUGAAUUGAUCUCAUUUUCUGAGCCUAUUCUCCGGUACCUGGUUGAUGCCAUUGAUCAAGAACCAUUACAGACUAAUCGUGGAAGCAUGGCACUUGAAGCUUGUAACUGCAUAGCGUCAUCAUUCAAAAUCAACGAUGAUCUAUUGAUGGUCUGCUACAAAUUGAUCGAUACUGCCAAGUCAUGCCUGAGUGUGAACGACAAAUUCCUGCAGUCUACCAUCAAGUUUUUAGACAAGCGCCUUCCACCACCUUCUCCCAUACAAGUCAACUGAGAUAUAUACCGGCAAAUCUUUUACAGUUUUGAUAUACCAGCAAAUUGUUUACAGCUUUGAAGUGUGAAAUACCAAAUAUGGUGUGAAAUAUAUAUUAGGCUAUGAUAAAUUUGACGAUGUUCAGUUGCUCUUAAGCACAGUUAAAUCAACUCUACCAUAAUGGCCUUUUGAUGUUCAAUGGAAAAAUCUUGUUUAGCCAAAA